CUACCAGUUUCCUCUCUGUUCAGAACCGCGGCGCAGCUUCGCAAACUUCAGCAGUUGGUCCACUACAGAGCCGAGUAGCCAGCAUGGAGCGGGAGCUGUUGCGCACUGACACUGCUGUCCUCCGUGGCAUGCAUAACCUCCAACCGUACAAGUGUUGUCCUAUUCGGGGAUUUUACUAUUCAGCGUAAACCUGUUACAAGUCUUGUUUUUUUUGUGUAGCUUUUUUCUUCAAUCGAAACUGAUGAUACAGCGAGUGGUGAGGAUAUAAGGAUUCCGUUACUUUUGGAGGGAUUCGAUGAACAUUUAUUUUCUUUCCUCGUUCACUUUUGGAUAGGCUACAUUAUAUGUGGACACUUGUUCUGAAUCAUGGGCGACUCCGUAUUCUUGGAGAGGCACAACGCUUACCUUGGUGACUUCACCUGGAACAGCCUGUCAGGGCGGAGUGUACGGCUGACGCCGACGGCCAUCCAGAGCCUGUCGGAGCUGGAACGGACCUGGCUACAGGAGGUAGCCUUCAACAGGCUCCAUCAAGACUAUGACCUGGGCUGUCAGAUAACCAUACCCAAAGAUGGACAGAAAAGGAAGAAAUCGUUGAGGAGGAAGUUGGACUCUUUGGCGAAGGAGAAAAACAAAGAUAAAGAAUGCAUACCCCAGGCCUUCGGUAUGGCCCUGUCCCAGGUGAUUGCCAACGACCGGACCCAGAGGCAGCGCCAGGAUAGCCUGCGUCAGGACCCUCCUCACAGGGAGGAGCAUAAAGACCCGUCGGACCUGGUGUCGUCCAUCCUGCAGUUUGCCACCAAGAGGUCCACCAAUAAGGAGCUGUCCAGCAGUAACUCCUCCCUCAGCUCCACCUCGGAGACAGCUAACGAGUCCACGUCGCCCAAUACGCCCGAGGCUGCCCCGCGGGCACGCAGGAGGGGGGGCAUGUCGGUGGACUCCAUCACAGACCUGGAUGAUAACCAAUCCCGCCUGUUGGAGGCGCUGCAGCUGUCUCUGCCCCCUGAAGCACCCAGCAAGAAGGAGAAGCACCGGGACAAGAGGCUGAGCCUUAACCCUAUCUACAGACAGGUGCCUCGCCUGGUGGACAGCUGCUGCCAGCACCUGGAGAAGUAUGGUCUUCAGACGGUGGGGAUAUUCCGAGUGGGGAGCUCCAAGAAGAGAGUGAGGCAGCUGAGGGAGGAGUUUGACCGGGGAGUGGAUGUCCAGUUGGAUGAGGAGCACAGUGUCCACGACGUGGCCGCGCUGCUCAAGGAGUUCCUCAGAGACAUGCCUGACCCUCUCCUCACCAAGGAGCUCUACACUGCCUUCAUAAACACCAUGUUGUUGGACUGUAAGGAGCAGCGGAGUGCCACCCAGCUCCUGGUUUACCUGCUGCCAGCCUGUAACAGCGACACCCUGCACCGCCUCCUGCAGUUCCUCUCUACCGUGGCGAACCACGCCCACGACAGCCAGGACAAAGACGGACAGGGGGUGACGGGGAACAAGAUGACCUCUCUGAACCUGGCCACCAUCUUUGGUCCCAACCUGCUCCACAAGCAGAAGAGUUCAGACAAGGAGUUCAGUGUGCAGAGUCCGGCUCGCGCAGAGGAGAGCACCGCUGUCAUCGCUGUCCUCCAGAGGAUGAUCACAACCUUUCACUCCCUCUUCAUGGUGCCCCCGGACCUGCAGAAUGAGGUCCUAAUGACUUUACUGGAGACUGAUCCUGAUGUGGUCGACUAUCUGCUCAGGAGAAAGGCAUCACAGAGUCCGGACGUGUUGCGAUCGGAGGAUCCUUUCUCCCUGAGCGAGAGGCGCUCCUCCAGUGACUCCAACAAGGUCUCCAGUGGAGAGCUGUCCCCCUAUGACAACAACUCCCCCAUUCUGUCUGAGCACCAGGGGGAAGGGACCAGCCCAGGGUCAGAACAAUACACCCUGAUGAGGCAGGUGGCAGGACGGACACGGGACACCCAUGGGUCCAAUCCUUGGGUCUCAAAAGAGGAGCAUGCCAAUAUCUGGGGAGCUUGGCAUUCCACUCUGAAACCAGGGCUGAUGGACCAGCCUUAUGCAGGUUCCCAUAGCAACAUGUCAGAGGGCAGCUCACGCAGCUCCCAGGAAGGACUUGACUGUCUCCAUGGCGAUGCCAGGCAGGUGGUACGACGGACACAGACCUCGCUGGGCGUGGCCGAAUGCAGGCCCCAUCCCCCUGUCACACGGGUCUGUAGCAGCCCUCACAGCAAGGCGGGACGGCCGCGCCUCCUGCUGAGCCUCAACCCUGAGACCCCUCCCCUACCAUACCCUGACAGCCAAUCAGCAGCCAGCAGCGCAGAGAACCUCCCCCCAGGGCAUUAGACACCAGGCUAACCCCAGCCCUAACUCUGCCCACUCGGGUCCUCCCCCUCCCCCUUAUGGCGGCUUGUCCUACAGGCUCUCCCCCUCUGCCUCUAAACCAGCCCAGCCUGUCUCCCCCCUCCCUCGCAGCACCCCCUCACCAGCACCCCCUGCAGGGUGGGAGGCCAAUGGUGCCACAGAACUCAGCCUCCCCCACCACGGACAGCAUGGUACCCAUGAGCCAAGAGUGGCAGGACUGGCAGAGGGACAGAUGGCAGAUCUGGCAACUCCUGUCCUCGGAAAACGCAGACACACUCCCAGAGACACUGGUGUAAGCUGGACCAUAGGACCGUGGGGUAGUGUUAGCCAUCCCUCCCUCCAUCCCUCCCUCUGUCCUCCCCUCCGUCCUUCCCCCUAAACAUGGGCGCCAUGGCGUUGUUUACAUGUGCAGCUGCUGCCUAUACUACGGACUUGGUACAAAGUCACUAGUGUUUCCUAUUUGCUAUGUAUUGAUCCGCGAUUGAUGUUGUAUCCUGGUCAACCCUUUGCAUGUUAUUAAAUAUUCUCUCUGAGCUGUUUCAGAGAGGAUCCAAAUGAAACUGUCAGCAAAACAUACCUCAAACGUCAAGUUUAUCAAUUUGAUUCACACUUGCAUGUCCACUUUUCGAUAAGGCCCCAGUUUAAAUUGAGCUGCAUGAAAUAUGUAGAGGUGACUUUUGAAGACAGGAAGGUUUAAUGUUUAUGACAACAAUUUGAUAAGCUACAGUCAAUUUACAUGACCAAUCCUACCCUUAUAUAUUUACUGAAGUCAUCACAUAUAUUAGUGAUCGCUGCUAAUAUUCAGAGGGUAUUUACUUGCUGAUUAUAUCCCGGUAAGUACCGCACACGUUUGUAUGAGCAGAGUUUUAUUCAAUGUCAGUCUCCAAGUAACAGAGCCCAUAGUACAGUUUUGCAACAGUUUGUAUAUAAGCAUUAUAAUGUAUUUUAUGUCGGGCCUAGCUAACAUUUUUUUUUUACAGGCUGUCUAAAUGUUUGUGUCGUGUGGUUUUAACUCGGUUUAAAAAGAUAACGUCUGUCAAAGCUUUACUAAGUUGGGUUCUAAAAGAACAGUACUGUGUCAAAGUUCUUUAAUUGCUUGACUCUCUUUUCAUCAAAUGUUAUUCUGGGCGUCUAUAAAGUCUCAUCUGCUUUCUCUC